AUCGUACGUGUGCCGCUGAUAACAGGGAGAAAGGAAGUGGAGUCAUUGCAACAUCGCUGCCACGUCUGUAGGCUCCUCUGCAGCAGUAGCAGCAGCAACAGCAGCAGCAGCUGGUCUGAGGACCAGGAUGGGCCGGUGCCUGGCGGUGGGGGGAUGAGAGGGAGAGGUGGGAGUGAACGAGGAAACAACGAGCAGAGGAAGGAAAGAGGAAACACGUAGAGCCACAUCACAACACUCCCUGGCUGAAUGAAACCCGUGCGCAGUUCCAGCACGAAGGAGCGACCACUGCCUUCUGGAGGAGUCGGAGCUCUAUUGUUCAGACAGUACGGCUUGCUUCUGCGGGUUUCCCGGGUUCAGGAGGAGGGGGACACCCAUGCUAAGCUCAGGGAGAAUGGAGGAAUUCGUGACCGAAGAGGAAGAGCCGUGGUACGACCAACAGGACCUGGAGCAGGACCUCCACUUGGCGGCAGAGCUGGGAAAGACUCUGCUGGAGAGGAACAAAGAGCUGGAGGAUUCCCUGCAGCAGAUGUACAUCACUAAUGAAGAGCAAGUGCAAGAGAUCGAGUAUCUGUCGAAGCAGCUGGAGGUUCUUCGGGAAAUGAACGAGCAGCAUGCCAAAGUGUACGAGCAGCUGGACGGGACUGCCAGAGAGCUGGAACGCACCAACCACACGCUGGUGAUGGACAGCAAGGGCUCACAACAAAAGAUAGAGAGGUUAACAGGGACCAUUGAGACUUUGCAGAAUCAGGUGGAGUCUCUCUCAGGGCAGGUGGAGCAGCUUCGCUCCAUGGAGCAGCUCCGAGUCAGGCGGGAGAAGAGGGAACGACGCAAGACUAUCCACUCUUUCCCUUGCCUGAGGGAGCUUUGCACAGCACCAAGAUAUGAGGAUGAGUUUGUAGUGGGCCGGGCUGAGAGCUUUACAGUGGAUGUAAAGCAUCCACCAUUUGAAGAAGAGAACCAGCAUCUGAGGGAAGCGGUGUCGGCUCUACGAGCGGCUGCCCGGACUGAGCGGGGUCGUAGGGAAGGGGUGGAGAGGGAGUGCAACCUUCUUGUUGCAGAGUUCUCCCGCCUGCAGACACGAGUGCAGGACGCUGAGAGCUGCCAGGCAAGGGUGCGGGAGUUGGAGGUGGAGCUACAGGAGCUGCAGCAGCUACGUCGCGCUCGGACAUUCCUGCUGAGCAGCGAGGACGACGGCGUAGGUCUUACCCAGACUGUCCUCAACAGCACCCCGGAGACGGACACGUUCCUGGAAGUUGAGGUCGGGGAGACCGGAGGAGGCGUGAGGGAGGAGACUGAAGGUGGAGGAGGUGUGGGAGGGGAGGCUCUCCCUGAGUCCAGCCCCGUGAGAAAAAGCUGCAGCGACACGGCGCUCAAUGCCAUCGUGGCCCGCGACGCGUCCGGCCGCAGGAGAGGUAGCUACGCCCUCCACGCCAACAGCGUGAGGAAGAGAGGGAUGUCCAUCCUCAGGGAGGUGGAUGAGCAGUACCACGCCUUGCUGGAGAAAUAUGAGGAGCUGUUAGGGAAGUGUAGGCGCCACGAGGAGAGCCUGUGUCACGCCGGUGUCCAGACUUCCAGACCCGUCUCCCGAGACCCGUCCAUGAAAGACUGUGCCAUGGGCCCCACCCCGGCGCCUCCCCCUACCCCCACUCAGUCGCCCUCCACCCCAGAGGCCAUUGAGAGCAUUAGCAAGCAAGUGGAGGCGGUGGAUAAGAGGCUGGGACAGAACACUCCAGAGUACAAAGCCCUUUUUAAAGAGAUCUUCUCUCGUAUUCAGAAGACCAAGAUGGAUAUCAAAGCCACCAAAGCUGCUAAAGCUAGCAAAUCUGGCAAAUCUGGCAAAUCUGGCAAGUCUGGUAAACACUAAUGGUACACUGGUUGGCUCCAGAGAGGACGAUAGUGUGUUAUUUCAGUGUUAAGGAGUUUAUGAACAGUGGCUUGGUGUAAACAUUCUUAUAGAGGGUGCUAGUUCGAAAACUGCUAAAUUCAAGUACAGUUCAGUUCAAUUGAGGUCAAAUUAGAGUUUCACCAAGAACUGAAACCUCGCAGCUUACACAAGAAUCUGAUUUGCAUGUGAUCAAUUAAAAAAACUUUGCAGAAUUCAGUCAUAUAUAUAUAUAUAUAUAUAUAUAGGCUAUAAAAAAUAUGGACGAAUUUGUUAAGAACUAGAUUGAGUUCACCCCCUUCAUAUUCUUUUAUUCAGUGUUCCUACUAAAUAUAUACUGGCUUCACUGCCUGACUACUAAUCAUAUACUACAAUAAUAGCAAUAUGCCUCUCAUGAGCCUCACAAGUGCACUAAAUGUUAAAAGCUUCACAAAAUAACACUAGAAAAUUGCAUCUCUCUCUCUUUUCUGAUGAAAACACGAGUGGGAAUCUAAAUCUAAUAUUAACAUGAACUGUAUCUGUUAAGUUUAUUAUAAUGGACUCUACUAACAUUUGUAUAAUUACAGUAAGAAAAGACAAAGAUUGAUCCUCUCAGGCCACAGUGCUGUCUGUCUCAAAGGAACUCAAGGUGCUAAUAAUUCUCCUCCCAUCUCAUAUGUUACUAUACAAAUGGACACUGUUCAAAAUUUAAACAAGCCUUUAGUGCGGAUGAUAUUGCGGUACCCUUUUCAUCUAGAGAUUUGAGGGACAGUUUUUUUCCUGGCAGUUUGAUAAAAAGAUUGAUACCAGUUUCUGCUCAGUAAAUAGGGGGGGGGGG